GGCAGGGGUGGGACGGUGCAGGCGCAGAGAAUUAGGUUUGGCUGGUCUUGAUUUAAAGAGACAGAAGCUGUCGGGGUCCUGGAAGACGGUCCCCGAUUCCCUCCCCCCAAGUCUUUGGGACCACUUAGGUCCACAGAGCUGGGGAGAUGGUUUGCGGCGGCUUUGCCUGCUCCAAGAAUGCGUUGUGCGCUCUGAACGUGGUCUACAUGCUGGUAGGUUUGUUGCUCAUUGGAGUGGCCGCCUGGAGUAGGGGCCUGGGUCUGGUGUCCAGCAUCCACAUCACCGGGGGUGUCAUUGCCGUGGGAGUCUUCCUUCUCCUCAUCGCAGUGGCUGGACUGGUGGGUGCUGUCAACCACCACCAAGUCCUGCUGUUCUUUUACAUGAUCAUCCUUGGCUUAGUCUUCAUCUUCCAGUUUGGAAUCUCUUGCUCAUGCCUGGCUAUUAACCGAAGCACACAGACAGAUGUCAUCAAUGCUACUUGGUGGGUCAUGAGCAACAAGACCCGGGAUGAACUGGAAAGAAGUUUUGAUUGUUGUGGCUUGUUCAACCUUACAACCCCCUAUCGACAAGAAGACACUUUCUGCACUGCUAUCUGCAAGAGGAGGAGCCCCCCAUGUCAGAUGUGCGGAGAAAAGUUUCUUAAGCAUUCAGAUGAAGCCCUGAAAAUCCUGGGAGGUGUUGGACUCUUCUUCAGCUUUACAGAGAUCCUUGGUGUUUGGCUAGCAAUGAGAUUUCGGAAUCAGAAGGAUCCUCGAGCCAACCCCAGUGCCUUUCUAUGACACUAUGGAUCCUUCUGACAAACAUCUCGCCUGCUCUCUGCUCAGCCUAAGCUUUUUCUUCCUCCUGGAGGGAAAACCUUGG